AUGGACACACCGUCCAUUGCAGAGACAAAAGCUGUCAACGGCCGCAGCAACAGCUUCUCCCAACAGUCACGGGCUUCCGACGACUCUCAAACUGCCGCAGACUUUCUCCGCGAUCAGCAAAUCCUCGAAGCCGAUGCUCGCGAAGCCUUACCUUACAGCAUCGAGACAUGCACCAAGAUCCUCGGACCGCUACGACAGAAUGUCUUUGCCUGUCUGACCUGCAACCCUGCGCCGGCCAAAGCUGGAGACAGCUGGACUCCUGCAGGCAUGUGCUACGCGUGCUCCGUCUCAUGCCAUGGCGAGCACACUCUUGUCGAAAUCUUCCAGAAGAGAAACUUUACCUGCGAUUGCGGAACGACGCGCAUCCCGUCUACCAGUCCAUGCACGCUGCGUAUCAAUAGCGGGACCAAUACCAAGGGCAACGUUCAUUCCGAAGAGCCGGAUGCCAAUAACAAGUACAACCACAAUUUCAAAAAUCGGUUCUGCUGCUGCGAGUGCGAUUAUGACCCGUUCCAGCAAAAGGGAACCAUGUUCCAAUGCCUUGGGCUGGGGACUCAAGAGACUGGAGGCUGUGGAGAGGACUGGUAUCACCCUGGUUGCCUGGUGGGUAUGGGACCCAAAUGGUACGAACAGAUGAACAAGGACAAAUCAAAGCCGGUACCAAGGGAGACUGAGCAUCAUACCAACGGGGGUGCCCUUGCGACAAUCACCGAGAAGGACGAGGGGCAGUCAAACAAUGGCGCAGUCGAAACCAGUGGCGAUGUUGCCGUCGAAGACGAAGACGAUGAACCACCGAUGCCUCCCGGAUUUCCAAGCGAAGAUGAUUUUGAAGGCUUCCUCUGUUACAAGUGUUUGGAUGCAAACCCGUGGGUCAAACAAUAUGCAGGAACCUCGGGCUUUCUACCAGCCAUAUUUCUAGAGCAGCCCGAAGCCACUGCGUCGUCGCCAUCCAACGAUAGCACGGGCACAGCUGCGUCCAAGAAGCGCAAGGCCGAAGACGACGGAGAUGAAGAGCAAUUAGACGCGAAGCGCAUUAAGAGCGAGAGCGAGGCGCCAGUCGCCGAAUCUACUAUUGCAGAAGUCAGCACAGCUCAACCCGCAGAGGAUGGAGAUGACGCCAAGCCAGCAGUUCAGGUCGCAGAACAAGCCGCCAAGACAGAUGGCCCAACCUCGUGCAAGCUGCCCAAUCUACCACCCGCUCCCAAGGGCCGCUUCUCUCUCUUCUUUAAGGAGGAUUUCCGCGAAAAGCUCUGUCACUGCUCAGACUGCUACGGUAAACUAAACGCCCACCCCCAAUUACUCGAAGAGGAGGAAGUCUACGAACCCCCUCUGUCCGACGAUGGCGCUUCUGAACACGGAGGCUCGACACACGGAAGCGGCAGCUUGCUUGACCGUGGCGAGAGCGCCCUGCGCAACAUGGAUCGCGUCAGAGCCAUCGAGGGCGUCAUGGCGUACAACCACCUCAAGGAGCAGCUUACGCCAUUCUUCAAGCAGUUUGCGGAGAGCGGCAAGGCUGUGGGCGCGGAGGAUAUCAAGGCAUAUUUUGCAAAGCUGCGAGGCGAUGAGCAGGGGAUCAAGGAGGCGGGCGAAGCAGCUGCUUCUUCUUCCAAGGAGAACGGGGAUAAGGAUAGUGACAGCAGAAGAGAGCAAAGCGGGUACUAG